ACAGAAUGUGGUGCUGUUGCAUGAUAAGAUUUUGUAGGUCCAGUAAACUAUGACACACGAAAUCUGUUCAAAUCUUCCUUGAUUUAGCUCUUGGGGUACAACUACACUGACGAUUUCCCCACGGUUGUGCUGGAUCCGACAUGCGCCAAAACGCAGGCGUCAAGUCCGAUACAACGGAAAACAAGGUGUCAGCAGAGUCCAACACGGAUUCGACCUAGGCAUAAGCAGCAGAGACCGGAAAAUAUCGAACUGCGGCAGCCCAGUAAAAUCGAACCCAUUGAUGUACGCGCAUGGGAUCAGCUGUUACUUUCGCAAAUUAGCGACAAGUGUUCCUCGGCCGCUUCAUGCUGACAGAAUGUGGAGGCCUGUACGGAUUCUCGCACGAAAGGUGACGGUGCCGCAUCAAACACGGACUGCAUCCCACUGUAUGUUGCCGUGUACAUGGCAACAUCUGCAGGCGACUGGGAGUUCGAGCACAAUCCAAACUUUACAGUGUUUUAGCCACUUGCUGGACUUAACUACAAGGAAUACCCCGCUUCUUUAUAGCAGAAAUGCAGGAACCCUUUCAAAUUCAAGCUCACUUGAUGAAACAACGUAUGAGAAGCUGGCAGAAGAGACCUUGGACUCUCUAGCAGAGUUCUUUGAGGAUCUGGCCGAUCAGCCAUUCACACCCGAUGAUUUUGAUGUUUCUUUUGGGAAUGGUGUACUAACUAUUAAACUGGGUGGAGACACGGGGACCUAUGUGAUCAACAAACAGACUCCAAACAAACAGAUCUGGCUGUCUUCUCCCACAAGUGGGCCCAAACGAUAUGACUGGACUGGAAGAACAUGGAUUUAUUCUCAUGAUGGAGUUGCACUUCAUGAGCUGUUGGCAAAAGAAUUAUCUGUUGUACUAAAAAAUAAAAUAGACCUAUCAAAUUUGCUCCAUUCUAAUGGGAAUUUAAAAUAACUGUGAUCUACAUAGUCUGCAUCAUACAUGUUUGUGUCUUCUUUUUCAUAUAUAUAUAUAUA